AUGACUGAAUUCUGCUCCAGAGAAAAGUCCAAGCUACGACACUUACCACUCACCGUUGGGGUGCCGUCAUCAAGAGAAGAUUCUCCCGACACCGUUUACGAGGGCAUCGGAGUUACAGAAGACUCUGAAAAUCCACAGUUGGUUCAUAGAUGGACCCAUGAUGCUUCGAUCGUCUGUCUGGCUGCUGCCCCCAAGAAGGGCCUACUUUUUUGCGGAACCCAGGAUUCGUGUAUUCUGGUGUUUGAUCUCCAGACGUACCAGAAAAAAGCUUGUUUGGUAGCCCAUACCGGCUCUGUGCUGUGUUUGACUGUUUCUGAAGACGAGAACAUUCUGUUUUCGGGAGGUAGCGAUUCACUUGUAAAAGUGUGGGACGUGCUUGCUCUCACCGAAACACACACAAUCUACUCACUAGUGGAUAUUGGUGACAUCUUCAGCAUCACAUGGGUUCAAUCGUUGCACACUGUUGUUUUUGGAGCGCAGAAUGCCUCAAUCUUGUAUGCCCACCUGCGUAUCAUCCCUAAGGACGAUCCCAGCUUUCUGCCUUCCAACAGAUUCGACAAGUUUUUUGACUCGGUCGGACCAGGAGGUCACCAUCAGAAGAAAAAGACUCAGAGAUCAAUGUCCAUGCCUAGUGAGUCCUCGAGGCUGAUCGAAGUUCCGGACUCCAACAUUAUCACCUACGCCCACAACGGCUACGUUUAUGCCAUGCUCAGCACAUCGCGAGAGCGCAAUCCAGAGAUGUUCGCUACUAUCCCAGACGUAUAUCAUAAUAUCAUUGUUUCUGCUGGUGGCGAUGGAAUGGUUCAUAUCUGGAAGGUUGACGAAAACGGCAUGGCCUUGUUGCACACUCUGGACAAUGACGAAAGUGUUCUUUCCCUAGACUGUCAGGAAUCGUUUCUGUAUUGUGGUUUGGCGGAUGGCCAGGUCAAGGUCUGGGAUUUGUCUACUUUACAGCAUAUUCGAACCUUCGAUUCUGAUGAAGGAGAUACCUCUGCCAUUGCAAUUCAUUUUGACUGUCUGUUCAAAGGGACACCUCGUGGUGUGACCAAGUGGAAGUUCAAGGGCGAACAGAGAACUGAAUGGGUUGCUCAUGACAAAACUGUUUUGUCUAUAAAGACGAUGAAGCGAGGUGGUUCUUACUAUCUUCUGACGGCUGGUCUUGAUAAUUCGGCAACCUUGUGGUUGAUUGAUGCCAUCAGCAUCUUUGAAGAUGAACUGGGCUUGGAGUCGAAAUGCGAUUCAUCUUUGGACAACCAGUCGAUGUUGCGUGUCCUUUCUCAGUUGGUCGCUUUCAGAACUGUCUCCAAGAAUCCAGAGCUUUACAUCGACCAGUCCAGACAGUGCGCUUCUUUUCUGAGGAGUUUUUUCAAGAACAUGGGUGCAGACACUGCACAGCUCAUUCCUGUAAAGGAUGCAAAUCCUAUCGUGUUUGCUUGUUUCAAAGCGUGUCGGCCUCCUGCGGAUAGGACCACGCGAGUAUUGUGGUAUGGUCACUACGACGUGAUUGAGGCUGAUGGAAGCUUUUGGGAUAGUGACCCUUUCACGAUCACGGCAUCAGAUGGCUAUCUUUACGGAAGAGGUGUAACAGAUAAUAAAGGACCAAUGUUAGCCGCGGUGUAUGCUGUUGCCGAGCUUGUGGCAACUAAUGCACUGAGUUCAGAUGUGUGUUUUCUUAUUGAGGGAGAAGAAGAGUGUGGUUCGUUUGGAUUCCAAGAUGCCGUUUUGGAGAACAAGCCCCUUAUUGGAGAGAUUGACUGGGUCAUGCUGAGCAAUUCAUACUGGCUAGACGAUAAGACUCCAUGUCUGAACUAUGGUCUACGUGGUGUUAUUAGUGUUGCGAUUGAAGUAUCGAGUGAUGGGCCUGAUAAACACUCUGGUGUUGAUGGUGGUGUAUCGCGUGAGCCAACCGUUGAUUUAAUCAACGUUCUUUCCAAGCUCACUGAUGAUACUGGCCGCGUUUUGAUUCCUGGUUUCUAUGAACCGGUGAAGCCUAUCACUGACACCGAGAGGGAAUACUACGAGAAAAUUGCAGAGAGAACAGGGAACAUCACUGCUGAUACGUUGAUGGCAAGAUGGAGGUUUCCCUCGUUUACUGUACACACGGUCUCCGUUUCAGGCCCUGGUAAUCGGACAGUCAUUCCUCGCUCCGCAGUUGCAUCUGUUUCUUUGAGAAUUGUUCCAAGUCAAGAUAUCGACGAAGUGAAGAAAUCGCUUUGCGGCUACUUGCUGGACUCUUUCAAACGGCUCAAAACUGACAAUAAUCUCAAGAUCUCGGUGGAGCACGAGGCAGAGCCUUGGUUGGCUGAUAUCAACAACGAGGCGUACAAGAUUCUAUUUGAUGCGGUAGUUGCUGAGUGGGGAGUGGAGCCUCUGUUCAUCAGAGAAGGUGGUUCUAUCCCUUCGAUCAGAUUCCUCGAGAAGGCUUUGGAUGCUCCAGCCGCUCACGUACCUUGUGGCCAGUCCUCUGACAACGCUCACCUCAACAAUGAGAGAGUGAGAGUAACAAAUUUGUUUAAAACGAGAGCCAUUAUGAAGAGGACGUUUGAAAAUUUGUCAUAG